AUGUCAUUUGUCAAUGUAGCAAGUUGAUGUAUGUGAUUAUCAAUAAUGAUAAAAUAUUUUAUAAAAAUGCAGACUGAGACAGUUUUCCGGAAAUAUGUAAUCCACUAGUAUGACUUUCACUUGUAGUUUCAAAAUGGCAGACGACGACGACGAGCUCGGGAUUUCUGACGAGGAUCACGAUGAUUUAAGUGAGCUUUUCCAAUUAGCCACAGCUUUCGUGCGUUUAUCCAGUGACAGUUUUAAUCAAGAACAGCUACUCUACCUGUAUUCACGGUUUAAGCAGGCAAAUGAUGGACCCUGUAAUGUUCCAAAACCCGGAAUGUUUGACUUCCAAGGAAAGAAAAAAUGGGAAGCAUGGAAAAGCUUGGAAAACAAAUCAAAAGAGGAGGCAAAGAGAGAGUACAUAUCUAAAGUGAUGAUGGUAACGCCAGACUGGAAUACGAAACAGCUGGAUAGAUGGGUGGGUGUCAGCACAAUGUCGAAUACAGACACUGUCAUAGAAGAUGAGAAGAAGACAGCAUUUGAUUGGUGCAAAGAAGGCAACACAUCUCAUCUCGUUCGAUAUCUGAAAAACACUAAAACAGAUGUCAAUAUUCAGGAUGAAAAUGGUAUGACACUUCUUCACUGGACCUGCGAUAGAGGGAAUCUUGAGAUGUUAAAUGCCCUUCUUGACCUUGAAGUAGAUCCAAAUAUACAGGACAAUGAUGGACAAAGUGCCCUGCAUUAUGCCGUGAGCUGUGAGCACCAGGACAUUGUGGACAGACUGCUGAAGACCAGAAUGAAUCUCAAACUAAAGGAUAUGGAUGGCCUAACAGUUUUAGACAUUGACACCAAUUCAGAAAUCAAACAGAUGUUGGAAAAAAAUGUAACUUAAUUUAGUAUGUGACCAUUAUCUUUAAGGCCAGAAUUGUUUAAAUAACUACAUUUUGGUUUACUGGUGAUUCAGAAUGGGUGCCGGCAUCCAACGUUUGAGGAAUAUAAUCGGAUGUGUUUCAUAAUGAUAGACCUUAUUCCAAUCUUUUACAUCCAGCGAAGACAUGAAAGUAGUUUGUGAUGCGAGUUUUAACAUUCAAGUAAUUCUUAAUUACUAAACUCCAAACAAUUGUUUUUGAUCUGAUGUUGAACCAUACUGGACAUUGUAAGAAGCACAGAUACUGCAUCACUUUAUCAGUAUUUUGGAUUUAUAGCUUAUCCAAUGAAAUAUUCAAUAUGAGCAUUAGUAUAUUUGUCCGACAGCCUGGUCUUAUUAAAUGCUAUAUGAUGCAACAAGUUUUUUAUCUUAAAACUUGGAAAUUUAUGACAACGUAUAUGAAGGACUACUAAAAUUUCAAUUGUUCUUAUGAUCCAAGUUGAUCAUUAUUUAUCAUGAAACAAUCCUUGUGAUCUGAAACAUCUAGAUUAAUUAAAACUUUGAUAUCAAAAUUUUACUCUUUUUUGCUACAUUUACUAUGGUAGUUGUUAUUUGUAAAUGCUUGUUAUUCACAUAAAGUAUAUAUAUGUUAAUAUCACAAGUCUGUCAGAAAAAAUGUACAGGUGAUGUACCUAAAAUUUGUCUUUUGUAUGACUGUAGUUAUAAAAACAUUUUUGAUACUGUAAUAAAAUUCACUUUUGAUAGAA